AAUAUACAAUCUAUACCUAACUAAGACAUAAUAAGUAUAUGUGCUAUAAGAAGGAAACAAACAAUAACAUGAUACAUAAAUUUGAGGAAAGAAGCCACCCACUGAUGACACUUUCAACUUGUUUAAAUCUAGUGUGAUUUAAUUAUAUGGGUAGAUUUUUUUAUUUUUUUUAUUUUUUUAUUUUUUAUUUUUUAUUAUUAUGUUUUAAGUAAUAAAUCUCUACACCAUCUACGUUUUUGCAGUUUUGAUCGUAUUUUUUUCGCAGAAGUUACACGCGUCUAAGGUUGGAGCUAUACACGGCGAAUAUCGCUGUUGUUGAAAACCCAUAUGUUUAAAUCAUGCCGGCUAUACGAUAUCGCCGCGAUAUUCGUUGCCGGGCGACGAUUUUUUUCAAAAUCGCACAAUCCAUAAAACCGCGUGACGGUCAAUUUCCAUUGCUUUUAAUGGUAGCGGCUAUACAGGUAUUUUGGUAAAGUGAAUUUCGAAUCCAUUUUUAUUACCAUACGGUGUUUUGAUACAAUAUUAUUGUACUUGUAUAAUAUGAUAUUAUUGUAAAAUUGUAAAUAUCAUAUUGUACUAUUAAACAUAUUAUUAUAUUAUUAUUAGUUUUAAGCUAUAUUUAGUUUUCAUCGGGUACGGAAAAGGUAUAAUACACCUACUUAUUUAAAACUGAAUUAUUAUUGUCUCGCGUGUCUUACCGUCAACAUGGCUAAUUUUGACAACGAGAGACUCAUUAUGGAAAUUCAUAUGAAGCCGUCUAUUUGGGACAUUUCAAGUAAAGAGUACAAAGAAAGGGAUAGAAAAAUUCAAGACUGGCUAGCUGUAGCUGUUACUUUGAAUGAUAAUUGGGAUAUAAUAAGUGAAACUGAAAAAGACGACUUUGAUGCUAAACAAGCAGUUACAUUUUAUUUACUCCAUUCGUUAUUUGUUCCAACUUCAAAAAAGUCGCUAUGGAUGAUAAAGGAAAGAAAAAUAUUGUUAAAUUUUAGAUCAAAGAUUCACAAAAUACUUUUUUGGUAUUUUGUAAUACUGUAACCCUGGCUGAAGAAUUCAUAGCUGACCGAUAUAGACUUAAAUUGCCAAUUCAGCCCUUUAUUUUGGUUAGUGGUACUCCACUACAACCAAAAGAGAUAAUUGUAUACGUUGAUACAAUUAAAUAUAAAGUUUUCACUAUACUAAGAGCAAUAGAUGUGUGCUUUAAAAUUAUUCAUUUAUUUAACUUAGAGUACCCAAUGGAAUCAUGUGCUGUAUGGCAAUUUAUACAAAAAUAUUUGUAUAAUAUUAAAACUAAAUUUGAUAAAUCCCACCCCAAU